AUGGCAGAUAUCCGCAAGGAUGCAUAUGCCAAAGUCGUUAAGCCUAAGAAAAUAGUGCAGUGGCACGAAGAUGUCCUUCCACCUCUGGAUGUGCUUAUGGUGUGGCACUCGCAUAUGCUGAACCCACGCAAGUAUCUCGAGGACUGCAUCCGGUAUGGCAAGAUGUGUGUUUGGGGUGCACGUUUCCCCUGGGAGCUUGUUGAUCGUCAAAUCGAUGGCGCCACAUUUGAAUACACAACAACUGGGAAAGCGCGUCGGUAUUUUGAGUCUCAGAUCAAUUCUAGUUGGGAUAACUUGUUUGAUCCGCCCACUACCACUGUUCCAUGUCCAAACUGCGGCAUCCAGAUCGUUGUCGAAUGGACAAUGGGCAAAGACUUGGCAGAUGUCAAGCUUCCCUUUGAGGAUUUUACAGGCUUAGCUGACAAAGGCUUCCGUGCUACCUGCCACAAUUGUCAAUACCUGGUUGACCAUGACCGGCUGAAGCUGGCAAAGUGGCGUCAAGAUGUGCGGUCACUGCUGGAACAGAAUCGGCCUAUGCCCGGGUGCUUCUACAACUUACGUGGCGUCCCAUUCCCAGUGUCACAGAGUUGGAAAGACGCGGCGUUUUUAUAUCCAGCAAAUGGACCUGUGGGCUUAGCCAGUAGCCCAUUGCGGUUCAUGGAUCACAAUGACAAGGUUGAUGAGGUAGACCUGACCAUUGGGUUCGAAUGGACUUGCAAAGCAUAUCGUGAGGUUACCGAUGGGGAGAUCUAUAGCGAAUGCGUCUGUUGGUUCUGCGAGGCGGUCCGCUACCCCGAUCUCUACGGUCAUUUCCGCUCAUCUCUAUUGUGGCUUUCCGAUGCUCGCAAAGCUGUUGAGGAUUUGCGCAGACAGCAUGAUCAUGCCUCUAAGUCUGACAAUGGACCGCAUAUCUCCGUUCACAGUGCUGUCCGUCCUCAGAAGAUAUCUGAGGUCGACCGAAUCAAGAGAGAAACCAGAGCCCUGCAGCUUCUAGAAGCUUACAGAAAGUCUCUCAGGCGAGCUAAGAAGCAUUCCCGUUCUUCCAAGGCGCUUGUAUCUGCCAUUGCAGCCGUCAAUUCUGUUGUUUUGCCAACUAGUCCGCCCACGGACACAGUUAUAUCACAGGACGAGAUAAGUACGUCGUUCGGUGAAGAUGAGGUCAACCCUGAGAGAAAAGAUCAUGUCCAAAACAUCAAGGAUGUCUUCGAUGUCAUCGACCAUGUCGUAGACCUACUUGGCCAGCUAUUUCCUAACCAUCCCCAUAGUAUGGAUGGUUCGCUUAAUGGGCAAUGGAAUUGUAUUUCAGGGACGUGCGGUUCUUCUACCGCGGGUGGGAAUUGUGUCUCUUGCGGGAAUGCAUCUGCUUGUGGGGCUUCUGCAGGGUGCGGUGGUGGCGCCGGAGGAUGUGGUGGAGGAGGAGGAGGAGGAGGAGGGGGAGGGAGCUCAGGAUGCGCUAAUAUUCCGGAAAGAUCUGGAGAUUUAUUGCUCUUGGUGAUGACUGCAUCGGAGGAAGUUCGACUAGAUCAUGGUAAAGUGGGUAUUAUAAGCAAAGCAGAAAUCAUGGUAUCAUCUCAUCACCUCAGAACCUCCACCACACAUAGAAGCAAAAUAUCGAGCAGUAUUAGUGUUGGCGGCAAUCAUGUAUUAGAAGCAUUAAUUAACGUUUCACGUGAAAAGAGCGUUAGAGUCGCAAAGUCUGCCUGUCGCAGAAUACAUGCGUGGUAUCUCCGAGACUCAGUUUAA